AAAAAGUAUUCACUGACCGUUGCAAGCCAUCAGAGUUCAACAGGUCGCACCCGCGUCAAGUUUGGUGCUUGUGCUUCGGUUCAGAAGAAACAAUUGUAACAUCAUGAAAACAUCAUCAGUGUGGAUCAUCUUCGCGGUAGCAGCACUAGCAGUAGCGGUUGAAGGUCAUUACUACACCUCAUACGCGGUGGAACCGUUUAUCGCAGCCUUCGAUCAGCAGGACGACUACCUCUUCGGUGAUCCCUACUAUCCGCUGGAAACGGGAUUGUAUCAGAGUCACCCGUUUGAGUCGUCCUACGAGCAGAGUCCGACGUUUUGGGACCUUUUCCAACCUCCAAAGCCACAGUACAUGAACUACGAAGCACAGCCCAAUUCUCUGAUCAACUACAUCCCCGUGGAACCGGGAUCCUGGCUCACUCCGAAUGUGUACGUCAAGGGGCGUGGCUAUUCCACGGACCGGUACGUUGCUCCGUCGAUGUUGGAGAAGUACUUGGCCAUGAAUCCUCGGUGAGCCGA